AUGAGUCAAGACCACGAACUUUCGACCAAUUUCAACGAUCUAGGGAGAUUGGGAUGUUUUUUCGGAUCCCCAUUCGGCACAUGUUACCCCCAUCAUACUACGGAAAAUUAUAAAACAACGCCACCUAACGCCUCAUUCCCGACGGAUUGGAGGAACUCCUGGCAUCAAGAUGGAAGUAAUUGCGGUACAGACGAUAGUGAAUCAUAUAAUAAUGAUUCAGAAUUUCACACAAACACGGAAAACGGUUUAAAAUCGGAAUUAAAUACAACUGAGAUUCAUGGAAAAUCUCCUAAUUACGGUCCUGUUUCGUAUACACAUUUCGACGGCGUCUAUACGAAUGGUUACCAUAAUACCGGCUGUAUUUAUUCUAAUAAUUUAUGCAAUAAAAUAUCCCAUACUAAAAUUAAUACUCCAGGUGAUAAUAAUAACGUAAAUCAAAAUGAUUUAAUCAUCAAACAAGAACCCACAGACAGAGAAUAUAAAGAUUAUUCUGAAAAACCUUUAGAAAAACUAAAAAAUACUAAAAGUAGUAACGUUUCUAAUUCGAACGGGAGAAGAGGUUCUUUACAAUUAUGGCAAUUUUUGGUUGCAUUAUUAGAUGCCCCGGACGCCAGCGCGGGUUGUAUCGCUUGGACAGGAAAAGGAAUGGAAUUUAAACUAAUAGAACCCGAAGAAGUAGCACGACGUUGGGGUGCUCAAAAAAACCGCCCCGCCAUGAAUUACGAUAAACUCAGCCGAUCUUUGAGAUACUACUACGAAAAAGGAAUAAUGCAAAAAGUAGCAGGCGAAAGGUACGUCUAUAAAUUUGUUUGCGACCCGGAAGCUCUCUUCAACAUGGCGUACGGAGGACACUCAGAAAACACCAUAAAAUACCAAUCGAGCGUAAAAACUGAAAACGGUAACAUUAAAACCGAAACGCAACAUCAUCUCGCUUAUACUGAAAUGAUUAAUUUCUACAAUUGCGGUAUAGCACAUUCUUAUCAACAUUUACAUCCGUAUUUACAAGAAAAUAAACUUUUUAAUUAAAUUGAUUUCAGUGUAAAAUACCCUUUACAUUACCGUUAA